GGUGAUUGAGCGAAUUCUGUCCGGAAUUCGCUUGUGUCUCAUCCUGAUAUGCAGAAUGUUACGGCCCUCGGGCCAAAAAACCCAUGGACUGCCAACCUCUUGAGCGCGUUGGGAAUAAUGCACUUCAGCAACGAUGAGAUCAAAGAGACAUUCGAUACACUGGUGGGCGAGGCAGCAUACGGAUUUGAACCAAUGCCAGAGGAGAUGGGUUUGUUCGAGAACACCUUUCAUCUAGAAGAGGAAACGGGCGAGCUGACAUGGCAAGAACUUGAGGCUGGUUUUGAUGAAAUUCGGGAGGUUCUGUCAGGCGUUUCAAAGAAUGCAACAGAGUACGCUUCAGUUGAUGACUACAGAACCGAUUUGAUGAAGCAUCGACGAAUGAUGAAAGAUCCAAUGGACAAAUUCAAGGCUCCAAUGACGGAAUCAAUGAACAUUGGUUGGCAUGAAGAGGAGGUCUUCAACGAGCGCUUCCCAAAGCAGUCGUGCGCAGAAACAAGGCCAAAGGGAAUUAGCGCACAAAUUCCUUUUGAAGACAGCAAAUGCCGCCGACGGAGAUUUGCCUUCGGGACCGGGACCGGUGUUGCGGGUCCGGUGUUGCGGCCACUGCUGUGGCCGCCUCGGGUGCUUCAGUUGCUGCCCAGGCGUGAGAUGGCGGCCCGCAUUGAAACCAGCAUGGGGUCUGUGAGGCUCAGACUACACUACUCCAAGACGCCAAUGACAAGUCGAAAUUUCCUAGAGCUUGCCAAAUCUGGGUAUUACGAUGGAUGCAUCAUUCACCGAGUCGUCAAGGGCUUCAUGAUGCAAACGGGUGAUCCAGAUCCACACAGCUCCAGCGGGACUGGUGGUGAGUCCAUCUACGGGCCAACCUUCCAAGAUGAGAUCGUCGCAAAUCUCUCCCAUGACAAAGCUGGUGUGGUGUCAAUGGCAAAUGCUGGUUUCAACACCAAUUCAUCUCAAUUUUUCAUUACCUUUGAGGCGUGCCAGGCGCUGCACUUGGUGUCGAAGGGCUGCUUGUUGGAGUGGCAGGCUUGUGAGCAUUUGGACGGAAAGCACACCAUCUUUGGACAAGUGGAGGACGCAGACCUUCCAGUACUGCAAGAGAUGGAACUUGUGAAAAUUGGCAAAAACGACAGGCCAGUAAAGCCCAUCAAGAUUUUUGGCAUUCAAGUUCAAGAAGAUCCCUGGGUAGGACAGCCUCUUCCACCAGGCGCAUGCAUACCAGACAAGCCGCUUGUCAAUGAGGACAAAAACUGCACAGUUCAAUAG